CGAGCCGAGCUCGGGUCGGCUUCCAACAAUUCGGUCAGAGAUACGAAUGAGAAAACCAAACAGCCCACAUCCCGAGGAUAAAAGUGAGGAGGUCAAAUCCGGGGUUAGAUACUUUAAAUUGCUUCCAUGAUUGUAUAUAAACAGGAAAUAGCCCCCUUUACGCGCGGCUUUCGAGAGGAAUCUACAAUUUCCUAUCACAAAUCCCCGACAUUGAUAAGCUCCAGCAAUGACAUCACCUAACCCAGUUGCCCUAGUCGUCGGCGCCUCGCGGGGCCUGGGCCGCCAAAUCGCCAUUGACUUAGCAAAGAACGACUACACAGUCGUCGUGGCAGCUAAAACCACAUCCAACGCUUAUGAAACAGUCCCGUUUCCACCAGACCCCAACUCCAACAAAUCGACCAUCGCCACUGUUGAGCGCGAGAUUAAAGAAGCUGGCGGCAAAGCCUUCGCGAUCCAGGUCGAUGUCCGCGAUGUCUCCCAAGUUGAGAGCAUGGUGAAAGAAACCGUGCGUCUUGCGGGAAGAUUGGACGUCCUCGUCUACAACUCUGGGGCGAUCUGGUGGUCGUCUGUCGCAAAUACGCCUACGAAGCGGUUUCAGCUUAUGCAGCGGGUUAACCCUGAGGGAUUGUAUGCUAGUGUGCAGGCGGCGCUGCCUGAAUUUGAGAGGAAUGGGUGGAAGGGACGUAUCAUUGUUGUGUCACCGCCUAUCUAUUCAAGAUUCUUUAGAGGGAAGACGGCUUAUGCUAUGGGCAAAGUUGCGAUGAGUGUUCUUACCCGAGGUCUUGCGAUGGACUUUGUGAGACAGGGCCAUAAAGAUAUGGCGAUUACGAGUCUUUGGCCAGCUACGAGCACCGAAUCAGCUGCGACGGAAGUGACUACGUCGAAAGAUCCUUCUCGUAAAGCCGACCUUAGGAAGCCAACUGUGUUCUCCGACGCUGUCAUCGGCAUUCUAAAUACGCCUACAGCGACCGUGAACGGAAUGCUGGCGCUAGACGAAGACUUCCUGCGCCAAUACUGCGGAGUCUCAGAUUUCUCGAAGUAUUCAGUGAUCCCGGGUUCUAAUCCACGACGCAUCAUGCCAAAGGAGCUGCCAGUGCUGGAAGUGGCCGAACAGGAUGACGAGGGGGUGAGGAUGGACAGUACGAAGCUGCGAGCGAAGAUAUAGAUAGACUGUCA